AUGGCUGAGGAGCCAGAGGGAUGUAGGGAGGCGGGCAUUAAUGAGAUGAGACUGAUUUUGCCGAUUGGAAGCCAUGAUGAAGCUGAUGGUUUUGAUCGGGGUCAAUUUGGAGAUAUUAGGGUUGAGUCGUACGUGCGACAGCUGGAUGAUGGCGGGCCCAGUUGGGCAGCAAAUGAGGCGGGUUGUUCUGUGGACCCAAAAUUGUUGACUGGGCCGACUUUUGCUGGGGAUUGUUAUCAAGAUGUAUUAUUGGACAGACCCAAUUUCUUCGGGCCCAAUCGUGUCUUGGACGAGGUGGAUGCUCUUUUGGGCCCAACUGUAGCAGAUGGGUCUUUAAGGGACUGGGCUGCUAAAUCGGGUUUAGUUGGCAAUACUGAACCAAAAAAUAAGGGCAUUGUUGAUCUACCUAUUUGUGCCGACUCUAAUUCUAAAGGGGACUCUGCUUUCUUCUUAAAAUUUGGUGUUUCGUCUGAUGGGAGACGACAACGGAAUAGGGGCAAUUCCUAUCUUCGAAUUGAACCUGUGGAAUCUUGGGGAGUUUCUAAGGCUUGGUCUUUCAAUUCUAGUGUCGGAGAGGGUGAUUCUUUUUGCCCAGAUUCUGUCCAUUCUUGUAGAAAAAUAGGAAAACGCUUGCAAAUUCUGUUGUGUGAAGUACUCACCGCAUUAAAGGCUCGAGGCAAUGAAAUUGGAGGCAAGGGGAACCAAGCUGUGUUUCCGCUGGGCAAGGGGAUGGCUGUGGAGCCAGAGGGAUGUAGGGAGGCGGGCAUUAAUGAGAUGGGACUGAUUUUGCCGAUUGGAAGCCACGAUGAAGCUGAUGGUUUUGAUCGGGGUCAAUUUGGAGAUAUUAGGGUUGAGUCGCACAUGCGACAGCUGGAUGAUGGCGGGCCCAGUUGGGCAGCAAAUGAGGCGGGUUGUUUUGUGUACAGAGCAAGAGCCAUGGCAGUUGACAUUGUAGAGGGGUCUUACAGUAAACAAUAUGAAGUAUUGUGGGAUUAUUGUCAUGAGUUAAGAACCAGAAAUGUGGGAAGUACAGUUAUCAUUAAAUCUGAAAUGGAAGGUGAUAGGCCACAGUUUCAAAGAAUUUACAUCUAUCUUGCAGCCUGCAAGAAAGGGUUUUUAGAUGGGUGUAGGCCUGUGGUUUGCUUGGAUGGGUGUCAUGUCAAAGGGCCUCACCCUGGGCAAGUGCUUUCUGCAAUGGGAGUUGAUGCAAACAACGGAAUGUUUCCACUUGCCUAUGCAUAUGUAGAGAUUGAGAGCAAUUCAACGUGGCUGUGGUUUUUAGAAUUAUUGAGUGGUGAUCUAAAUAUUACGAAUAGCCAUGGUUAUGUAUUUAUGACUGACAAACAAAAAAGGUUAAAAGAUGAUGUGGAUGCUAUAUUCCUUCAUGCAGAGCAUAGACAUUGUUUGAAACAUCUAUAUAGAAACUUCUAUUUGGAACAUAGAGGUCUUGCCUUGAAACAUCAAAUGGAAGCAAUUGCUAGGGCCACAAUGGUGCCAUGGUUUCAUGCAGAUAUGAGAAAUAUGUUGCAGUUGUCUAAACCUGCACAUGAUUGGCUUGUAGAGAAAGAUCCUAGGCAUUGGAGUAUGGCAUAUUUCAAGAGUGAUUCCAAGUGUGACAUGCUUAUGAACAAUCUAUGUGAGGCAUUCAACCGUAGCAUAAUGGAUGCCAGAGACAAGCCUAUUCUGACUAUGCUAGAAAGAAUUCGGUUGUAUAUAAUGUUGUUGAUGGCAGGAAGAAGGGUUUUCUGUGAGAAAUGGCAUGGACAAGUUGGGCCAAGAAUUAGAAAGAUAUUAGAGAAAAACAAAGGAAAAGCUCAGUGGUGCAUUCCUAAGGCUGCUGGACAGAAUAAGUUUGAAGUAAUGCACCAUAGUGGCCGCACCUUUACUGUUGAUUUAAAUGCCCGCUCUUGUUCAUGCCAUGCUUGGGAUUUGAAUGGAAUACCAUAUUUGCAUGCUUGUGCUGCAAUAAGUUGGUUUCAUGGGAAUCCAGAGGACUUUUGUGAUGCAGUGUACAAGAAAGAGGCUUAUUUGAGAGCCUAUGAACCAAUGAUUAUGCCUAUGACUAGUCAAGAUCAGUGGAUGAAGAUUAAUUUACCUACAUUACUCCCUCUGAAAUACCACAAGCAGCCUGGUAGGCCUAAGAAGACAAGAAAACAAGCUGUUGAAGAACCUAAACAACCUGCUAAUCCAUAG